AUGGCGACUGGAUCUGGAUCCACAUCGCGCAAGGCACUGAAGCUUGCUUUGUUCGAAGCCAUCGACAAAGACGGAGAUGGCUAUCUGAAGGAGGGCGAGAUGAUGCAGCUGGCCAAGCUAGUAGGGUUCGAUGGAGACACAGAGGAGUGGAAGAAGGAGUAUCACGCUCUUUGCAAAGAGGUCAAGGUCUCUGAAGCGGAGGGGGUGCCCAAGGCUGUCGUUCUGAAAAUGCUGGAUGACACGUCUGACACGGGCUGCUUCUGCACGGAUCAGGAACUCCAGCUCCUGUUGUCAGCGCAGCCCCGCCCCGGGGCCAAGCGGCAGAAGGAAGACAUAGGUAAUGACGCCAAGGUUCGAUUUUCCGGUGCAUCUUCCGAUAUAGCCGAGGAUACGCUGCGGAGAUUCUUCGGAAGAGCCGGCGAGGUGCUUGCCCUCAAUCUGUUCAAACUCAAGGACGGGCAAUCGCGAGGUAUGGGAAUGGUCACCUACAAGAAUGCCAAGCAGGCGAAGCAAGCCUUGCUCCAGCUGAACAACAACAAGGUGCAGGGAUGGACAAUCUCAGUGUACACUGACCAUGAGAACGACAGCACCACGCAGAAGCCGCCAGCUUUGGGUGAAACCUAUGCUGCGUGGUACGGCAAAGGGACCGCAGGAAAGCGUCAUGGCAGCUCCUCAGGUGAAGGCAGCUCGGACGGGUGUUCGAUCCACUUCGUUGGUGCUCCCCUGGACAUGAGCAGCGACAAGCUCUACUCCAUGUUCGAGGAAUGUGGGAGGAUCAAGAGCUUCUGGCUGUUUCGACAGCAUGAUGGACGGUCCCGUGGUCAAGGCCUCGUGGAGUAUUCCUCGCAGAAGGAUGCCAGGUCCGCCAUCAACUACUUGAACGGGUGGUUGAUCGGUUCCUCCACGCUGACGGUUCAGGAGGAUCGCGUGGGGGCGUCUGCGGAGUCGCAAGGCACCUGGGCAGACAAGGGAGAGGAUUGGUGGGAUGGUCACUCAGUAUUCUUCAGCGGCGCUCCCAGCCAGCUGCCGGUCGGAAGAGUCCAGUCCUAUUUUCGAGAGUAUGGCACAGUGCUGAGACCCAACAGUACAGGCGUGCUGCUAAACUUGCUGCUCAGCCAAGUGACGAGUGUGCUCAUACAUGGCAUCAGAAGCCUUGCCGCAGCCAUGGCGGCAGCGGAUGAUGACGCCGUGACGGAGCAGAAGGAGCUCUGUCGGUGUACUGGCCAAUUUUCCACUCUUCCGUCGGAUGGGUCAAGGAUGAGUCACAAGAGCCGCGGAGAGGUGCACCGCACAUGUGGUCAAGUGCAGCCAGGAACAUCCGAACGUGUAACAUGA